AUGAAGCUCAGCGCGCUUUGCGCAUGUCCAUACAUUCAGACUAGAGAAGUAGAUCAUGCAAACAAACUGCAUCCAUGGGAGAAGUAUACCAGUCACAGAGCACUAAGUAGUAAUCCGCCAGCGCAGUAUAGACGUGGUGCCCUACAACCGCCACCACUUCCAGGGCAUCUGCAAGCUCACAUCCAUUUUGGAGAGAUGGAAAACCCCUUCGUAUCAUAUGAGUGA